UAAAAAAAAUAUAAUAUGUGAGAAGCAAGCUGUUACAUUUAAAAAACAAUUUAUUUCAGCUUAUACGUGUUAUUCGCAGGAAUGUAGUGUUUCGUAGCUUUUUCCAUUUGACUGACUGAAAGUUAGUCCUAUAACGCAAAGACAUGGAGAUUUCUUCCACGCAGAUAAGUCUCUCUUUUGAGAAGGUUGAGAGGAGUUAUCAAACUCCACCAGGAUGGCGUUUGGCAACUUUUCAAGAAACAAAAGCUAAUCUCCAGAGUAUUAAGCAGCAGGGCCUUUUUGAGUAUUGGGAUAGAGCUCGUCUUCUUGACGGUUGGAUAGGUGGUGCUUAUUUUGAACCUGCAAUAGGAAAUGAAUUUAAAGGUUGUAUGGGCUACAUGCUUAUCACUCCAGUUCACGCACAGGCGAACUCUUCCUCUGGUGAUUCAGUAAAGUACCUCUAUGAGGAUAUUAUUCUCAGCUUUGAAUCGAAACUUGUGGCCUUGCAAUUGUCUGCAGAAGAUUGGAACUACGAGUUACUGUACUGGGUCCUCAACUCUUUUGCUAGCACAGAAACCAUGGACUUAGCAGAUGUCAGAGACGGCAGGAUACCAAUUCGAAAUGCCUCAGCUGUUGAUGAAAUGAAAAACUUGAACUGGAUGCUAAAUGAUGUCGCCAGAAACCUUUGGGACGCCCCUUUCAGUGAGGAGGAAGGCUCUAAAAAGCUUGAUGCACGUUCAGUUGGAGAUACGUUUGGUAAGAUGGGGGAAUCCUGUUGGGACAAAUUCAGUGAUGACCGUAAGAAGCUCUUGGGUCGUGCCUUUCUAGGGUCUAUAAAAACAGCAUCUUACGUAAUUGCAUCAUUCGUUGAAUAUGAUGUCAUUUGGACUGUAAGCUUCGGGUGGCAGUACAUCACUUUCCAUACAAUUAUGAACUAUGGAUAUUAUGCUCUUGGUGGAGUGAUGAAUAAAUGGUUAAAUGACAAGAGUCCGCAAGUGACCAGAGGCGAACGUAAUUUCGUUCUCUCUGUUUCUUUUAUCUAUUACUAUUACUAUUUCCACUAUUACCGUCGGGAUAAAUAUGUUUCCAGAAGGGAGAAUUAUAAUAUACUUGACAGUGUUUUCGACGUGGCUGAGAGAUUUGGCGAUGUUAUUGUGAUGAAGAAAGUGUUAGACUGCGGUGCUCGCUUGCAGAUCACAAACACAAGGAUGGUUCUGCAUACUGCUCUCAAGGCUGAUGUCAGCGAGGAUAAAAUGUUAGAUAUGGUGAGAAUUUGUCUCGAUAAGUUUGAAUUGGAAGCAGAAAAACAGUUGGUCAAUGCAGCAGAUGGCGAAGGAAUGACAGCUCUCCACUUGGCAUCUUUGCAAGGGAAAGCACGUGUCUGUGAAUUGCUUCUUCAGCACGGUGCCGAACCCCAUGUUCAAGACAGAACAGGGCGACUGCCUUUGCACCAUGCAAUUGAGAAGAAGAACAAGCAGGUAAUUGAUUUGCUGAUUGGGAAAGGCGUCUGUGACUAUUUUAAUAGAAAGGGAAUCGGAAUGUUUAGUUUAAAAAACAGUGAUGGGCAAAGCCCUUUGGAUGUAGCGGUUGCCCAAAAUGAUAUCAAACUAAUCACGAAGCUAUUGCCAAUUGCGGAGGAAACAACUGAGCCGUACAUUGAUAAACUGGAUGGUGUCAAGCUUCUUCAUGAAUUUGCAUUUCAAGGUAGCGAAGAUAUUGUGAGGAAACUGUUGGAAAGGGGAGUAAAUCCACUAGAUGUCGACGAGGAGGGGAAAACAGCUUUGCAUUACGCUGCCAUGUGUAGAGAUUUUUACCCAGCAGUAACAACAAUUGAUGUAAUACUUGAUAAUUGUAAUGAUGCCAAAACCCUUAAAGCAAUGGUUGAUUGGGAGGGUAAGACAGCUUUCCAUUUUUCUGCUUUGAAUGGGAAUAUAACGUCUGGAAUUUCGCCAUUCGAAGACUUGGUAGAUGAAAAAGAUAUAUAUGAUCGAAGGCCUCUUUAUUAUCUACUUGAAUCAAAGUUCGAUUUUGUUAAAGACCUUCAUGAGUACACAAAAGAGAUGGACAAAGCAGGCAUCUGUUUUGGCGAUUUGAUAGGUUCCACUGGGCAAACACCUUUGCACGUGGCUGCUUUGGAGGGCAAAAUAUAUCAAGUAGAUGCUCUCCUUUCUAUGUCAAGACAUCCAAAAACAUAUGUGAGGAGAGCUGACUAUCUGGGGCAAACGGCACUUCACAAAGCUGCAGGACGAGGACACUUGGACACCAUGAAAGUUCUCCUUCACUGGGGAGCCCAGCCGCUUCUUGAACGGGACUGCGAUGGGAGAACGGCUAUGCAUUACGUGGUCCAAGCCAAAUCUGGAAGUGAUAGAAUAGAACUGGCUAAGCUACUCUUAAAGAAAUGUGAAUCCGAUGAUAGAAAAUUGCUCUUCUUGUGGGCUUCGGCUGCAGGAUUAGGCACUGCUGAUCAAAUUCUGAAUAAUUGUGAUCCCCUAAAAGAGUUUCUUUUAGAUCAAAAGAAACAACUCAGUCAAAGCAGAGAUUCCAAUUCGCACAGAAACAGUUUGUUGAAAAUAGCAGCAUGUAUUGGCGAUACCGAUAUGACAAAAGAGCUACUUGCUAGAGGUGGUCAAAUCGCAGACAUUGAAGAUCGAAGAUGGAUGAAAGAGUUGGGGCCAGAAGGGAACGCCAAUGUGCAGAAAGUCCUUAAAGAAAUUCGAAGUAUUGCAGAGCAAGGAAAUGAUCGACCAACAGUAGAAGACAAUCUUGGAAGAGAUGAUUUUGCAAACAGUCUUGCCGCAUUAUUGUUGAACCCGUAUUUUGAACCACCCAUUGCGAUUGGUAUAUCUGGUAGCUGGGGCAAGGGAAAAUCCAGUUUGAUGAUGCAGACGGAGAUUAAUUUACUCAAGGCAGCAGCUCAAUCAUCGCUAUUGCCUACUUCAAAAUUGCCUGUCCGUUCAAGUUUUCCAGGAGCUCAAAUCCUGGAAUUAUCACGAAAUGGCAAAAAGAAAUACAAAGAGGUUAAGAGAUGGGUUGAUUUCAUGAAAAAUGGCUCAAAAUUUAAUACAAACUUUUUUUCAACUAUGAUAAAGCACUUACAAAAGUGGAUAAGAAGUAUCAGAGGAGUCCUUCAAAGACACAGGACAGAGAACAGAACUGAAGAAUCGCAAGGACUCGGCGCAGAAAACAAAAGUGAAGAAUCACAAGUUACGGACUCACUUUCCCAGUUUUUGCACAACUAUGAGCGUAAAUACCACAGCAUUUUGAAAUCUCUUGCUGCCAUAGACGGAAGUGACAUGUUCAGUUCAGAAGGUCAACAACCAUAUACAAGAAUUGAAUCUCCAUCAGAGAGAAGUGUGCCUGCUGUUAUAACUGUCCAGUAUAAUGCAUGGAUGUAUCGGAACGAAUCAGAAGCAUUGGCAGGUUUGGCGGUUGAAAUCACCAAGGAAAUGGAAGGAAUAAUGACAGAACCCCAAUGGUUGAGCACGUGCCUGAGAAACACUUGGAGAAAGCAGAAGCGAAGUAUAUGGACUGAACUUCUCUUCCCGUGCCUCCUAGCGAUAUUUUUGGCUGGCAUGUUUACUUUCGUUUGUAUGGAUAGUACUGGAUAGAUACGAUGCCAAGGAAUUUGCAGAGCUCAAAUAUGCAUCUGUACCUGCAACCAUAGUCAUUAUGGCCUGGACGUUGGUGAAGUCGGUGACGAGGAUUGCAAAGCCAGUAAGUACUCAGCUGAUGAAUUACAUAGAAUUUCCUGACCAUUCCGAAAACUUGGGAUAUCAGGAAAGAGUAAUUUCUGACAUCAAGUUUUUGAAGGAAGAGAUUGGCAGAAAACCUUAUUUUCUCUGCACUGUUAGUAGAUGUAUUUGGUGGUUCAUUAAGAAAUGUUGCAUGAUAUUGCUCUUAUAUCCCAAAUUCUUUGGAGAUACAAUGGCGAGCACAAAAGCUGAGUUGGCAUCUAUAUCCUAUGCCAGUGUUAAUCCUAGAAUUGUUGUGUUUGUAGAUGAUCUUGACCGGUGUCAAGAAUCUGUUAUAUUGCAGGUUUUAUCGGCCAUUAACCUUGUCUUGGCCGUAUGCAAAAUCAGUGUAAUAGUGGGUAUGGACAAAGCCUUGAUUGAACGGGCAAUCAUAAAAAAGUACGGAGAUAAAUCUUCGAAAAAUAGUCAACAAUUAGCAGAUCAUUAUCUGCAAAAGAUAAUAAAACUGCCACUUGACCUUCCUGAC